CCCCAGCCGUCUCAUCCACACGCGCUCGGCCCCUGCCGGCGCUGGUCCUUCUCUCGCGAGAUCGUGGCUGUGGUGAAGCCGGCUGUGGUGGCCGCUGUCCGGCCGGGGCGUAAGGUGUACAGAACGAUGGAAUAUAUGACAGAAUCCACCGACCGCAACCCUGGACACAUCUUGUGCUGUGAGUGUGGUGUCCCGAUUAGUCCAAAUCCUGCCAAUAUUUGUGUGGCUUGUUUACGAAGUAAAGUAGACAUCAGCCAAGGUAUUCCGAAACAGGUUUCAAUUUCUUUCUGCAAACAAUGUCAAAGAUAUUUUCAGCCACCAGGAACUUGGAUACAGUGUGGUUUAGAAUCCAGGGAACUUCUUGCUUUGUGUUUAAAAAAAAUCAAAGCCCCUUUGAGUAAGGUACGGCUUGUAGAUGCAGGCUUUGUUUGGACUGAGCCCCAUUCUAAGAGACUUAAAGUUAAAUUGACUAUUCAGAAAGAGGUGAUGAAUGGUGCCAUCCUUCAGCAGGUAUUUGUGGUGGAUUAUGUUGUUCAGUCCCAAAUGUGUGGUGAUUGCCAUAGAGUAGAAGCUAAGGAUUUCUGGAAGGCUGUGAUUCAAGUCAGGCAAAAGACUUUGCACAAAAAAACUUUCUACUAUCUGGAACAGUUGAUUCUGAAGUAUGGAAUGCAUCAGAAUACACUUCGUAUCAAAGAGAUUCAUGAUGGUCUGGAUUUCUAUUAUUCCUCAAAGCAACAUGCUCAGAAGAUGGUAGAAUUUCUUCAGUGUACAGUUCCCUGUAGAUACAAAGCAUCACAAAGACUGAUAUCUCAAGAUAUCCAUAGUAACACAUACAAUUACAAAAGCACUUUUUCUGUGGAAAUUGUUCCAAUAUGCAAGGAUAAUGUUGUCUGCCUGUCUCCUAAACUGGCACAAAGUCUGGGAAAUAUGAACCAGAUUUGUGUUUGUAUUCGAGUAACUAGUGCCAUCCACCUCAUAGAUCCAAACACUCUACAAGUUGCAGAUAUUGAUGGGAGCACUUUCUGGAGUCACCCUUUCAAUAGCUUAUGCCAUCCGAAACAGCUAGAGGAGUUUAUUGUAAUGGAAUGCAGUAUAGUCCGAGAUUUGAAACGUAGUGCAGGUGCUGGAAUGAUAUCAAAAAAGCAUACACUCGGGGAAGUCUGGGUACAGAAAACAUCUGAAAUGAAUACAGAUAAGCAGUAUUUUUGUCGCACACAUUUGGGACAUCUUCUAAAUCCUGGAGACCUGGUGUUGGGGUUUGACUUGGCCAACUGUAAUUUAAAUGAUGAACAUGUCAACAAAAUGAACUCUGAUAGAGUUCCAGAUGUGGUAUUAAUCAAGAAGAGCUACGAUCGUACCAAACGUCAGCGGCGUAGAAACUGGAAACUGAAAGAGCUUGCAAGAGAGAGAGAGAACAUGGAUACAGAUGAUGAAAGGCAAUACCAGGAUUUCCUUGAAGAUCUUGAAGAAGAUGAAGCAAUUAGAAAAAAUGUCAACAUUUACAGAGAUUCAACCAUUCCUGUGGAAAGUGACACAGAUGAUGAAGGAGCACCUCGAAUUAGUUUGGCUGAGAUGCUUGAAGACCUUCAUAUUUCCCAAGAUGCCACUGGUGAAGAAGGUGCAUCAAUGAUGACAUAAUGAGAUUGUGUUGUAGACUGUUUCUACAUUUGGGCUCAGGAAAUUGGACAGAAUAACCUUUACUGUGUAUUCUAUCUUUGCGUACCUAUUGUAAGAUGAAAAAUUUGGUUUUAAGAUUAAAUAAAUAUGAUUUUGAUUGCUCACUCAAAGCACUGCAAGAGUUUGAUAGCUUUACAGUUUAAGUAAUAAUAAAAGAUUAUAGAGAAUGUAAUUAUUGAUAUGUAGGCCAUUUUAUGUAUGGAAUCUUUUUUUUAGAAUGAGGCAUUACAGUAUUUUCACCUGCUAUAGUGCUAGAUUUUAAAAGGUGAAAAAUUGUGAUUCCUUGAAUAUUAAAUCUUAAACCAAAAAAUGAGUGUUUACAUUAUUUUCAUUUUGUUUUAUGAGCUUGUGAAGAGUAAUUUUUAAUAUGAACUUGUUAUGCACUUUGAUCCAUUUUAGGUUAUUUUAUAUGUUCUUAUGGUAGAGAAAUUGAGUCUCAGCAUAUCAUUGGGUAGUCAAGAGGAAAGUUAAUCUUUUUUAUUUCUUCAUAAAAUUACAUCUUCAGAUGCUUUUAAACUGAAGGUUAUCUUAAUUUUUAUUGCAUAGAAACAUUUAAAUAUUUAUAGAUUUGUAGCAAACAUAGACUAGUUACUUAAAGAUUAAAUAAUAGUUUGUUCCUUUGUGAUUUUUCUUGGGCAGGCAGCUUAGGGCAGUAGCUGCUUAUGUCAUAAAAAUGUCUUCCUAUCACCUCAAGAAUUUUAGUUUAUGAAUUGAGAUGAAAGAAAUUUUCUAUGUAAGUUGCUAUCAUUGAGCACAUUACCAUUAAAAAGAAAAUUGGAUUCCAGCAUGUAGAGGGUAGUAAUAAAAGUAAGAUAUAUCUUAUAAAACCAUGAGUCAGAUUUGAAUGAGUAAUGCCUCUACAUCCAUCCUGAAAGAAAAGCCUUGGCUUGGAUUCUAAAGUGUUCUGAGAAUGACAUAUUAAGGUCCUAUUUCUGUAAGCAAGAUCAGGCUUACUAUGUAUAACAGAACUAAGAGGUAAUUAAAAAUAUAUACACAACACUAAAUAUUAAAGAGAUGGAGCCAGUACUAAAUGAAACAUUUUCCUUUUUUUCAAGAUUAGACUCCCCAGUUUUGAAGUUAUGAAUAAAGACUUGAACUUCAUAUAAUGGCACCUUUACUGUCUGCAUAUUUAGUUAAAGUUGUGGAUGUAAAAGACAUAUCCUAUACUUGAUGGUAGCCAAGUAGGGCAGGUUUCUCUUAUUUUUUCAAAGGUGAGCAUGGCUGCCUCAAGUGCUCACAUGUUGUCUUUAUCGCUUCUAUGUUAAAAUAUCAGCAUGAAAAUAAAAACAUCUUUUCCCUUU